AGCAUGCGGUUAUAUAAUAGGGAAUGUUCUACUACUGCUGCUGCCGCCAGCAGUUUGUGGUGAUCCUCGUCUGCCUGCUCUACAUCCUCCUUGUACUCGUGUUCUUUGUGAAUGUGUUUCUCGCCGACCGGAAUAUGCACACCCAUCUCAUGAUGAAGAAUGCAGGACACCACGGACACGGAGGGCAUGGAGGAGGGGGAGGAGGAGGAGCGGGUGCGGGUGCGGGUGCGGGUCCGCCUGUGGGAGGACAUCACAAUCCCUACGACAUGCAUGGCUAUCCACACUACAACAACUAUCAUCCGCAAAUGGAUCCUAAACAGCAGCAGCAGCAGCAGGAGCUGCUACGGAAGACACCGCCCAAUCCGAACCAGCAGCAGCCCGAGCAGGACAUUUACUCGUAUUUCAAUCACGUAUUCAGGCGGCGACGUCGAUGAGGAGGGAGAGACGACACAGAAGUAGGAGCGACGCUGAUCCUAUCCAAAAUUUGUACCACAUUAAAUUAUUAUUCCGAUAAAACAUGAAUAUAUAUAGAUUAUAUAUACAGCCAAAAGCAGAUUGUGUAAAAACUGAAAUGGAAAACGGAUCAGACCAGAACCACGAGAAAACAAGAGACAGAGACAUGCAACAAUAAAAGCGAGCCACAGCUUUGUUUCAGCUAUGAAUCGGGCGAGGGUGGAUAUAAAUCUAUUCCACACAUUUGAUCCGAUUCCAAUACGAUGCGGAACUUUUUUUUGUAAUUUCUAAAAUCUAGCGAGCGACCAAGCCACGAGCCAACAGUUUGCAUUUAUCUACAGCAAAUGAAUCCCUUCAACGGAAUCAGAAAUCUAUUAGAUACAACAGAUAUUUAUUGAUCGAUAUAUAUACAGCUGAUUAAUCAGAUAAUUAGAUAUGGUAUAUGGCCAGCCCAAUCAGCAAAUGCAACAGAUAUCACCAGAUAUAUCUACUAUAUAGAUAGCUAAAAUAAUGCUUCGGUAAAGAAAGCAAAAAAAAAACUACAAAUUUCUAAUAAUUCUAAUUUAAUUAGAAAUUCUCUUAAAAAAACAAAAAUGAAAAUAAUCAAAUAAAAAUGUUUUUCCCUGGGGCUUUUUAAAAGCUUCGUCUUUUGCUAUAUGCUAUAGCCUGAUCGUUCAGAUUGCGCAUAUCGUUAUCCCUACAAUUUUUGUCAAUUUAUCCGAAAGAAAAAGGAAAGCAACGGAUAAACCUGUUCUUGUUUUUCUUCGUGUUUUUUUUUUUAGUAAUGGGAUAAAUGUAUGUUUUGUUGAGUAUAUAAAUAUUGUUUAUGUUUCUAUAUACUACACAUUAUAUAUAUAUAUUUAUAUGUAUAUUCCGAUCUACGAGUAUAUGUUGUAUUCUAGUAUUAAAAAAGUGUUGCGUUUCACAUGAGAAGAAGAAUAUUUGAAGAAGUGCCUUUAAUUUGCUAAAAGAUGUUUUUUUAGAUACAAACCAAUUUACUAAUAAAUCAAUUAAAUAUA